GUGAUUGAAUGGAUUUGGUGGUCAACUAUUGUUGGUUGUUAUGAUCAGGAGACCAAGAAUUAUUAUCAUGUAGAAGCACUUCUGUUAGUUUUGCAUUACCAAAGACGAUAAUUCAGAUGAUAUGUCUGAACUACAAGCGAUCUUAGAGUUUCUGGUUGAAUUCCAUAAAUUUUACAAUGUGGAUCUGUUUCAGAGAGGAUAUUACCAAAUUAGGACAACUUUAAAAACAUCAGCAAGAGUUCCUGCUAAGAUUGAAGUAACUCUGCCUAAAGCUACAGGUGAAACAUUAGUGCUGCCCUCUUGUGUCAGUAGUGGAUCAGCGAUCAGCAAAACUUUUCAAAUCUUGUAUCGUAAUGAAGAUGUUACCAUAAAUGAUUUGAUAUCUUUUAGACUUCACACUAUUAUAGACAGCAGUAAGAUAGAAGAAUGUCUAGAGAAAUUAGAUUUACAACUGGUUCUAGAAUUAUGGUUUUCAGAAGAAGAUGCAGGGCCUGGUGCCUUACAGGACAAAAUGGAGUCUGUUACAUCCAGGACCUUGUCACUUCACUUCAGUCCAACUAAAGGCAUACAUCAUCAUGUUCCAGUUUUGUUUGAUUAUUUUCAUUUAUGUGCCUUAGAUACAACUGUACAUGGCACACUUAUAGGUCUACACCAACCUGCAAUUACCUUACCAAGACCACCAAAAUCAGCAUGGACUAAGAAUGGACCCGGAGAGAACAGUAUAGAAAUGGUCUACUUUGGGUCAGCAGCACAGUAUGGGGAUUAUUCAAGAAAUGAUACAGUUAGAUUACAUACAGCUUUCAACGUUCACAGGAAGCUUUGUACUGUUUUAUUAUCCGCUUAUGAAAGUUUGCAGACAACAUUUGAAUUGUACCUCAAGACAAUGAGAAAUUCCAUCUUUAAACUUGAACACAUGAAUUGUCAUCGACGUCUUGAGAUUAUAAUGGAUAGUAUACAGUGUUUUGACAACGAAGAAGACCUGAUUAACAAGGCCACAACAGAUGUAACACAGCUUUGUGCAGAGAAUGUCAACUUGUGGUUCCAGUUUGUAGAAGUGGUAGCUUUAGACAGAAGUGUUCUACAUCUACUGACUCAGGAACAUCAUACUUCUAGGGCAAAAAGAUUUGCAGAAGGGUUUUUUACACAUGAUUACCCAAAACCAGAAUGUCUUUCUUGUUAUGAACCAAGUUUCCAUGGACAUGCUGAGUUGUGUAACAUUGUACGGAGCUCAGGAUAUUUCCAAAACCUGCCGUCGUUACAAGUAGAGAUCUGUGAUAUUGAUGGAGAUUACACCACACUACCUAUUAUCUUUGAAGAUGUUUAUUGUGAUCACAUUCCUAUGUCAAAUGAAAAAUUUCGAAUCAAAACUCAGGGAUCACAGAAAGAAAAAACAGAAAAGCUAAAAGCAGGUAGAUCUAAUUCAAAUGCUUCAAUCAGUUCUAAUACAAGUAAACAGAAAAAGAAAUUUAUAAAGAAUAUCCGACCAGAUACUUUCAAACGUCCAUCUUCUUAUUCCUGCUCUGAAGCUGAAGCAAUUGCUGCCAAGGAUCCUGUAAAGGAUUGUAUGCUAGUUGGAUACAGAAAACUUGACCAAACAACGACGGUGACAGCCACUGACACUAGAUCCUCUUCCAGACAGUCAAUAGUUCUGGGAACAUUUAGUCCUGCCCCAAACAGGGGUGAAGCUGCAGAUGACAAUGAACAUCCUCCCUUAUCAAAUGCAGCAUCCAUGCCGUCCCUCUUCAUUCGGUCAAGCUGGAGUAGAACCAGCAUUACAUCCUUACCUGAAUAUGCGGGGAGUUCUGAGUCACCCCACACUCACCGUAGGUCAGUCAAGUCAGCAUUAAUGAAAAACAAGCACAUUCAUUCAGAUUCAGAAGUGUGUGUUAGGAAAAAAGUUUUUGCUGAUGAAUCAGCUUUGUCUAAAGAAGAUUCACUUGGGGAGAGUGAAUCUGUAGGUGGUACGAGUGAAUUAACACAAGGUGAUGACAAGGUCAGUGAACGUGAUAUUAACUGUGAUAUAAAUAGUGCUACAGGAGAAAUCUGUAACGAAAAUGUUUCUUUGUCCAAAAUUGAUGAACAGUCUUCAUGUAGUAAAUUAGCUAAUGAUAUUACACAGGCCUUAAGAAAGAAAGAGGAUUGGUAUGUAAAAUCAGAUGUGGAUGAAAAUGAUGACCAAAGCGAUGAUGGAACAUGUGUGGCUAAUGGAUAUGAUGACAUUUUAGAAAACUAUAAUAAAGAGGACCAAACAGAGACUAAAAAGCCUGUCAAUAGUACUGUUCAUAAACUAAGCAAAGGAUCAGACCAUACUAAUGGGUCUACACCUAGUCUUUCCAAAGACAGUGGCAUUAUUACUCAAGAUUCAGAUGAAUCAGAGCAUGAACAGGAAGAAAAAAUGACUGUCGCCGAAUUCUUACGUGACGAAUACCUCAGAUUAAGAAAUUCAUCUGAAUCUAAACAGGUGUCAACAGACAAUACAAACAUGACAAAGCCUGAUAGUUCUUCAGAAGAAGCAGCUAGUAUAGCACAUCAUAGGGCAUCAAGUGAUUCUAAUAUUAUUAAAAGUUUGGAAAGUUCAACAACAUCCAUUCAGAAUUCAUCAUCAGAGUCCAAAGGUUUUCAUCCAUCGAAAUCUUAUCCAGAACUUUUAUCACAUAUACAAAAUGAAAGUCCUAAACUUGUUUCCCAGAUUGGUCAUGCAACAUUAAGCUUUGUAGAGGCAAGAGAGAAUCUGAAAAAACAAAUGAAAUUUGAUGGGCAGCUUUAUAGUGAAUUCCAGACCCUAGCAUCAACUAUCCCAUAUUUUAUGAUGCCACCUGAUGGCGUUGAUGACAGUGAAGGUCAUCAUUUGAUUGUAUGUGUUCAUGGAUUAGAUGGUAAUAGUGCUGAUUUAAGAUUAGUGAGAACAUACAUAGAGAUGGGACUAACAGGGUAUAAACUGGAAUUUCUUAUGUCAGAAAGAAACCAGGACACAUUUGCAGACUUUGAUGUAAUGACUGAAAGAUUAGCCAAUGAAAUUAUAGCUUACAUCGAUAUGUAUGGAUUAAAUGUUACAAAACUAAGUUUUAUUGGUCAUUCCCUGGGUAAUCUCAUCAUCAGAUCUGUAGUGUCUAGAUCUAAGCUGAAACAUCUAGUGCCAAAGUUGUACACAUUCUUAUCUCUGUCUGGACCUCAUCUAGGUACAUUGUACAACAGUAGUGGACUAGUUAAUAUGGGAAUGUGGUUUAUGCAGAAGUGGAAAAAAUCUGGUUCCCUGUUACAGUUAUCACUGAAGGACAAUGUUGAUCCCAGACAAUCUUUUCUGUACAAACUAAGUCAGAAACCAGGUUUGGAAUUGUUUCGACAUGUGUUACUGGUGGGAUCAUCACAAGAUAGAUAUGUUCCAUACCAUUCCUCCAGAAUAGAAAUGUGUAAAGCUGCACAAAGAGAGAGUUCUGGAAUGGGUGCUAUAUACAGUGAGAUGGUUGCUAAUAUACUGACUCCAGUUGUUAAUAACAUAAACUGUAAACUGGUACGAUAUGAUGUCUUUCAUGCUUUGACCAGCACAGCAAACACAAUUAUAGGCAGAGCAGCACAUAUAGCAGUGCUGGAUUCAGAAUUGUUUAUAGAAAAGUUUAUGAUUACAGUUGGUUUGCAGUACUUUCGAUAGCUAGUUUGUAUGCACGUUGGAGGUACAAUCUGGAUAUCUCAAGCAUAUAAGUAUAAAAACUGUACUAAUCUUAAGUACAAUAUGUAGGUCACAUCUUAUACUUUUGAAGUAUAUCUGUUGUACACUAAAACAUUUGUAAUAGUCCGGAAAUAAAACUUGUGUAAAUGUGGUCAGUUUCCUAAAGAUCUCACAGAUACACUUUGUCAUUUUCACUGGUUGUACUCUUUUUUUUUAAAGAGCAAAUAUUGUUGUGGUAUUAUGAUAUUGUGUUAGUAUCAAAUGUCUGUCAAAAAGUUAGUGAUUAAAUGUGUUCAAGGAAAAUGUUCUCUUUAAAUUUGAGAACUGUGAUUUUUUGCAACAAAGAUAUUUUGGAAAGAUGACUAUUAUGUUUCUCUUAUAAUUCUCAAACAAUUUUAGAAAGUCUUAAUUGUAUUCUUAUGAGGACCAUGUCUUUAUAUUCAGAUAUAUAGGCUGUUGAUUCUUUCUUUAAAAAAAACUUACUAUUUAAUUCGGGUUGUCCUGAAUAUGCAUAAAAUAUUUGCAACUGGACCUUAAUCAAACAUAAACCAUUUAUAAUUUAGUUUGGGUGUCUCAUAUGCUAGCUGUUAAAAUAUUUGACAGGUCAAAAUGGUUAACAAAUAGAAAGGGAAACAAUGAUGAUACAAACCUCAUUUAAGCAUCUAGUGGAUUUAAUGGAUAAGUAUUUUUCUCUGAAUUAGCCAUAAGGCUUCAAGGGUUUAAUUGGGAAUUUGUUUCAACAAAGUAGCCACAUGCCGUUCUAUUUGAAGAUCUUAUUUAUAAAAAAGCAUCGGAUGACAACCCUGAGUAGUAUAUAACCCAGAACGUGCUCCCAACAUAUGUCUAUUUAAAGUAAAGAUUUGUUGCAUAAGGCAUUGUCCACAUUACUUAGAGGGAAAUUAAAUCCUUGAAGCUUUAAGGCUUAUUCAGAGAAUAAUCCUCAUCCAUCACAUCACCUGGAUGCUUGGAUGAGGUUUGUAUUCUCUAUCAUAUAGCCUCCAAGCCAUCCCUUGUUUAAUUGGGAAUUAAUAAAGCCCAAAAAAUCAUAUAAAAAAGGACUUGAAUAAAACAUAAUACCAUCAAUAACCUUUCAUUAAGGUAAUCCAAAAUUAAAAAAUUAUAAUAUCCCACAAAGAAAACAAUAAAUGUAUUCUGUUAUAUCAAAACAGUCAAUAGUCUCUGUAUUCCAUCCAACGGAAUCCUCGCGUCAAUGUUACUCCGUUCACUGUAUUCCAUCCAACGGAAUCCUCGCAUCAAUGUUACUCUGUUCACUGCAAAUAAAAAUUAUCAAUCAAUGGUUCAUAAAACAUCAUUAGAAAAUGAACACUGGCUAUCUCUUUUAUCCUUUCCCCAACAUCAUUUGGGAACAAGUGUUCCUCUAUCAGAUUCAAGACUGAACACGGCUUUUGGAAUUUUUUCGAUAUGUAGGGUCUAAUGAAAUAUCUCCUCUAUAUAUUAAUCUCAAAGAAGGCAUUACUAGCCAGUUCAAUGCUUUGCGUUAUGAGCUUCUUUUAAACUUUGAAAGGUCUAUCUGAUUACCCCUAAGAAUUUCAGCUAUCUGAAUCAUUGGCACAAUACUUAACAACCCCAAGAUUUUCUGAGUUUCCUGUAAACUGCAGUCUCUUUGGCUGUAUGUUCCUAUAAAGACAAUUCCAUAUUUUAGUGUUAAUAGUUGCAGGAACUAAGGACUUACAGUUACUUGGGAUCUGCUUAUCCUAAAGAAAUUUACUAAUGUUUGUGAUUCCAGAUACAUGCAUUGUUUACAAACUCUGCCAAACUUUCCAUUUCAGGGUCUGAAAAUUUUGUCUACUCCUCAAAAUCUUUGGUAGUUCAAUUCCGGCUGAAUCGGUUUUACUUAUCUGAUUUUCAUUGGGAUCAGCACUAGAAAAGACAUUAUUCAUACCACAUGCAUAUCCCUCACUAGACUUGAGAUGCUCUUUGUCAUCUUGACCUUGCAUACUUUCAAUUUCCUGCCUACUUGCAGAUUGGCUAAUGGAUAGAAUUUGACUUGCACAAGCAUUUGGACAUUACUGAAUGAUUAAAAAAUUAAUAGAUUUAAUUUUAAGAGGAGCACUUACUUUUUUUCCUUUUUAACGGUGCGUUUCCCUUGGUAUUUUUUCCAGGACCUUUUCCCGGUCCCUUUGCGACAAUUUCCAUCUAUUUUGUAACAUCAUGAGCAUGUCGUGCAAUCUUUUGACCCUUUUUUUUGUCACAGUAUUGGGCUCUACUAAACCAGAAACACUGGCACUUUCAACGGGCUCAAAGACAGAAACUUUCUUCCUGCUGGUCUGUAUCAUUGAGCACUGUCAGAUCUAUAUCAUUAGAUUCCACUGAACUAAUUUUGCUUGAACUUCGUCUGGUGAAGCAACACCUGUGAAUUUGUUUCGGUAGAGUCCCUGAAGUGGAUACCUUGGUAUGCGGGGUUGUCAAAUCAUGCAAAUGAAUGCAACACUUGAAUAAUAAUCAAAAUUGACAACAACACUUCAAAUGGUCAGCAAUUUUAUUUACUAUGGUCUACAUGUUUCGCCUGCCAGGCAGGCGUCAUCAGGACAAUUUAUAUAAGAAUUAAUGUGUAUGAAGUACCCUAAAGUGGUACAUCUAAAGUGACGUAACAGUUAAAAAUGGUAGGUAUUAGUAAUGUAUACAUGUAAAAAUAGAAUGAUUAAAAAUAAAAUUGAAAACGAAAGUGUUAUAGUUAUAAAUAGAUUAUUAUAGAGUUCUAUGUAAUAAUAUAAGCACAUGGUGGUAUUACUGUUGCUUAAGUCAAUGAUACUUUCUUCCUUUGUUUAGUCUAUUAUUGAAGUAUUGUUCAUAUUGGUAGUCUUCUGUAGAUAGCUGUAGUUAUUCAUGGUGUAUUGAUCCCAGCUUUCAUAGUGAUGGUAUGUAUCCCUGUUGAGGUUGUUCUUUUCUGUUAAAUAUCCAUACCUGUUGAUUCUAUAUUUAUUCCAAUCAAUUUGUUGGGCCUUGAUUUUGAGACUUAAUGGUACUCUUUGAGUCAGAUAAGUAAAGAUCAUGUUCUAAAAUGAUUGUUCUAGUGGUUUGCUUUUCUGGGUAUGUUACGGUAGGUUUUCCUGGAAUGACUCUGAAGGUUGGUUUCUUUGUUAAAAUCCCAUUUCCGUGCUUCAAAGGGUGGCACCCAUUUUUCAAUUUGGGUGGCUAUCUCUUUCGGGGUUCCUGAUGUUUGAGUAAAAUUUUCUUCAUCGGUUCCUUCAUGUUUUCUGCGAAUAUGUUUCUUAAUAUUGUAUUUCCUGGUGAAAUUAGCAUCACACAAGUAGCAUGUGAAAGUUUUGGCCGUGUCUUCAUGAUAAUUACGGUUGUGCCUUUUUAGAGUUACAAUGUUGGCUAGUUUCUUGUUGCAUUUAGUGCAAUUAAUCCCGUUUGUAGUGACAUUGUUCUUUUUCCUUGGCGUGGUUUUCGUUUUAGCCAUUUCAGUGUCUUUUGUUUAGUCCCCAGGGUUCUGCUGUAGAUAGUUUAUUUAUACAGGCUUCUUCUGUUCGUAGGCGUAUGUUUACAUCGGUUGCUGUCUUAAUGAUGCCUGUUAUUGUUACGUCGUGUCUAUUGUGAAGAGGUGACAUGAAGUGUAUUGAUACUGGUUUAUAUUUGUUUCCUGUGUUGAUAUCUUGAAAAUGUCCCCUAAAUCUUUCUUUCCGUGUGUUUCCUGUUUGCCCUACAUAUUGUAAUUGGCAUAUUCUUCAUUCAAUCAUGUAUACUACAUUGUUUGGAGUAACAUGCUAUAUUGUCUCUAAUCUUUAAUUGAUAGUUGUUAGCAUGACUUUUCACCGUUUCUGUUCUUACCAUGCUGUUUGCAAAGGUAGCAGUUUUCUCCGCAAGGCAUGCUACCCAUUUUCCCGUAAUUUGGUUUUAUGUCGCUCUUUAAGCUAAUUUUGCUUUAGUUGCAAGAAUUUUCAUCCAUAGUGAAAUUGACAAUAAACUAUAAAAUUCAACGUACACAUUGUCUUUUGAACAAAGAGCAUGUGGCAGUAGUGCACUCUGGGUUAUAUACUCCCUGGGGUUGUCACCUGGAUGUUUUUAUUUAAAUUUGCUCUCUAAAUAGAAAGGCACGUGGCUACUUUGUUGACACAAAUUCCUAAUUAAACACGAGAUAGCCUGGAGGCCAUAUGAUAGAGAAUAACAUUUUAGUGAUGCAUUAUGCUGUUAUAAUCAUAGCUUACAUAUUAUGAUUUAAAAUUGAAUAUUAUAUGGUUAUGACUUCUGUAUGAAGCAUAGUUCAUAAUUCUUUGUUAAGUUGAUUUAUGAUUGUAUGGUAAAAAGCUAUAUAUUUUCUUACAAAAUAUUUAAUAAUUUUCUGAAAGGAGUAAUUUUGGUGUCUCAUCAUGUUUAAAGGUCUUUAUAGAUUUAAAGAUAUUCAAUAGACAAUAUAAACUAUAGAAAACUUGUACAUUUUAUAGAUACAAGUUACAAAAGAAACUGAAGUUAAUCUUUGUUUGAUAAGAACAGAGAAACAUGAAUCUUAUGAUAUUUUUGUAUUAAUGUAUGGUUCUCUCCGGGCACUCUGGCUUCAUCCAUAUUAUUGACCACCACGAAAUAGCACAAUAGUGACGUUAAACACCAAUCAAUCAAUCAUGUAUUUAUGUAAAAUACAGUCAUACUACAUCAGAAAAAAGCACAAUAGUGACCUUAAACACCAAUCAAUCAAUCAUGUAUUUAUGUAAAAUACAGUCAUACUACAUCAGAAAAAAGCACAAUAGUGACCUUAAACACCAAUCAAUCAAUCAUGUAUUUAUGUAAAAUACAGUCAUACUACAUCAGAAAAAAGCACAAUAGUGACCUUAAACACCAAUCAAUCAAUCAUGUAUUUAUGUAAAAUACAGUCAUACUACAUCAGAAAAAACACAUUGUAUGCAAUAACUAAAACAAAUUUAUAUUGAAUCAGAUAAAUUUUACACUACUGUCAAUGUAAUAAAUUAGAUCUUAUGAUUUGAUACAUGUCCAAUUAUGAUAACCCUUCAGAUCUUAUUAUUUCUUUAGAGAUUGUUGUUUUUGUUUUUGUUUUACUUUUAUUUGUGUAACAAUACAUCAGAUAAAAUUACUAAUAUUGUUUUAGUCAAUUUAAAUUUUAUGAUGACUUAUUAUGAGUAUGUCUGGUUGUCUUUAAAUAAAAUAUAGUUAUGAUUUGUUCAGGAUUAAAACAAAUUAUGGGCAUUAACAUACAGACAGGUUUACUAUAUAGCUCUAAAACUUAGUUGUGUUUAUAAACCUUAUUUUUGAUUGAUGGUUUAUUUGAUGUUGUAAUCACAGUAUGUUCCAUGGUAUGAAAUCAUUUUAUCUGUAGUGUUAGUUCCAAAGAAAAGGUUGCUUAUCACUUUUGUCAUUUUUUAAAUCUGUUAAAAUACCUCUGACAUUUGGUAACAUUUGGUUAUAUGAUUAUACAUAUAUAGUUAUAUGUAAUAGAAUAAGACAUCAGAGUUUGUAGUCUGUCUUUAAUUAGGUAUUAUACUUUCAUGUAUGGAUACUGUACAUAUCAAAUUUUAUCUUCUCAAUUUAUAUUUUUAAGAUUAUAAAUUUUUCAUUAUGUAUGCUCUUUAUAAUCUAUGUACUUUAUUUUUUGAAAGGGCUGUGGAUACACAUUUAUUCAUGUCAACUAAUUCACCAUUUUCUGAAUCUCACGAAAAUAUUAAAAAGAAAAUACAUGAGACAUUUGUGAUUGGUUAUAAAUGUCCGAAACAAUAGUAUCUAAACAGUGGCAUAGUGGUGUUGUACAUCGAAAAUCUUCAAAAAAAAAAAGCAAUCAUAUGACUGAGAAAUGUAUGUGCCAGAAGAUCUCCAUACAAAUUUGUAUAUUUUGAAUAUAAAUGAAUACAUAGAAGGCUUCCAUUGCUUAAUUGAUAUUCACAAGUGGUUGUUUGUUACAAUAUGGUAAUUAUUGGUUAUAACCUUUUUUUUUCUAUUUUCUUUUUGCUUCAUUUGACCAAAAAUAUUUUACAUUUAUAGUCAUUUGGUUAUCUCUUGUAUAAAAGUAUGUUAGAUUAUCUAGUUAAGCAUUGUACAUAAUGUAUAUUUUGACAGUAGUCUUUCAAGAACUGUGAUAGAUUUAGUUUGAUAAGUCUUUAUGUGAAUUAGUCUGUGUUACUUAACUGAAUCGACGUGUAAAUAAUCAUGAAUCUUUGAAUCAUAAAAAAAAAAUGAAAAUUAUGUUUUCUGAAAACAUUAGUAUGAUAAGGUAUGAUGAUUUAUUAGGGUAACCAUGGUAACUGGUAAACACAAGUUAAUUGGCAAAUAUUCAUACAGGUAAUUUGGUUCAAUUGUAUAACUUUGAGAAAAUAAAAUUUUGGGCAUACAAUAUAUCUCAAAAGUAGCAAGAGGCACAAAAGGACUGCUGCCAAGUCUUCAAAAGUGAUUGUUUUUUCUUGACAUUCCAGUUAUCAACAGAAAAUGAUGGUAAACCCUAUCUUUAAACCAGUUACCAAAGAUACUCUAAAUCCAAACUAAUUGUUUGGACAGAAUGUUGAAAUAUCAAACCAAGAACCCAAUAAAUACAUUAAUUAGUUUAAAUCUGGAAAGUGAAAUCAUAAGCUUUAGUAAGAACUCCUGAAAGAUCCCAGGCUUAUGAUUUGGUUUGCCAGAUAUGCUUAAAUUGAUAUACUGGAUCCAGCAAUGUCAUAUAAACUAUUCAAAGAAUAAAAAGCUAUUGAAAUUGAAAUGUAACAAGGUAAAAAAAUUAAGUACAAAAAAAUAAAAUGAAAGUAUUACGGGAAAUAUUUGUUUUGUAUGUUUUUAAUGCAACUGCAACUAUUUUUUUUACACAGUGGGAUGCCAUUGUCCAGCUGCAGACAAUAUUUGAAAGUGUUUCCACUGUUUAUGGAUAAUUCUGUGUUAAUGUAUAUAUAGAAAUAUUAUGUUAGGAGAGUAGAUAGGUAUAUAGAUACAUAUUAUACUACAAUAUCAGAAUGGUAUUGUGUAUUAUUUUGUGCAAUAAGAAAAUAAUAUUUAUACAUUUAAAAGCAAUUUCAGAAAAGAUGCAAUGUAGGUUUCGGUCAUAAUAUAUAUUUUUGUUGUACACCAGUAAAUAGUAGAAAGUAAUCAAGACAUUAUUUUGGAUUAGGAAAAUACAAAAGGUAUUUUUUUAUUAGAACAGGAUAUAUAUAUGUAUACAUUGGCAUAAUUGAAGACGUUGAUGGUACAGUGGGUUUAGCAAGGCGUAUCUCCAGUAAAUACAAUCUACCCCAAUAUCAUAGACAUACCCCACUCUAAAAAAUACAAUCUACCCCAAUAUCAUACCCCACUCUAAAAAACUCUAUUGCAAUCACCUUGUCUGUUCAUUUGUCCAACAAAAAUAUUUUGUCGCAUUUCUCUCAGAAAGUAUUGAACAGAAUGACUUAAUAUUUGGUCAUCAGAUUAACACUGAUGAGUUUUAAUGUAUGUUCACUUUUCAGAACUGUCAGACACCUUCUUCCUGUUUUCCUAUACUUUGAAUUACAUUUAGGGUAUGCUUAGCACGUCAACACAUGCAUUCUUAUUUUAUUUAAAGUUACUUUUUCCUGUAAAUUCAUUAAUGAAAAAAUUCAGAGAAAUGUUUGGCCUUGUGUAUUGAUUUCUUGUAAUGGGCUAGUAUAAAAGAAUGGGGAUCUGAUUCUUUUACAUAAUUUGUGUUAGCAUAAUAUAAAAAUAAUACAAAUGUUUUCCUCCUGUAAAUCCAGGUUUGAAAUAAACUUCAUAUUUGAGGACAAACUGAAUAGUUUGCCAUUUAGUGUUUGUUCCUUUUUUAUACCCCGGCCGUAAGCAAUGGGGGCAUAAAGUGUUACCCUUGAGCGUCCACCUGUCCGUCCCAUUUUCACUCUUUCUCAUCAAAAUUUUAUGAAAUGCAUACACAAUGCUAAAAACCAGUGUUUAGAUAUGGGCAGUAAGUCACUUACAGUUCUAGAGUUAUGCCCCUUUAUAACUAGGAAAAUUGCAAAUUUUUUCGUUUCCACACUCAAGUUUUACUCUUCCAAAUUUUAUGAAACUCAUAUACAAUGCUAAGAAUCAAUGAAAACCCACACAGAAUUUCGGAAUUAGGCAAUAAGUCGCUUACUGUUCUAGAGUUGAGCCCCUUUUAUAACUUGGAAAAUUGCAAUUUUUUUUCAUUUCAGCACUCUAACUUAAGUUUGCCUCAUCCAAAUUUUUCUGAAACACAUACACAAUACUAAGUACCACAACACACAGACAGAGUUUAAAUUUGGGCAGUGAGUCAUUUACUGUUCUAGAGGUAUGCUCCUUUUUUACUUGAAAAAUUGCAAAGCUUGAGUUGGGGCAUUCAUAUAAAUUAUUAUUCAUAAAUUAUUAUGAAGAAACAGUAGCACUAGCACCUAUAUUUGGGUCAAAAUUUUAUGUUAAAUAUUUAAAAAACAUUGUCUUGUAAAAAUCUGAAUCUCCUAAAAUAUCAUAAUGAUACUAGAAGAAAUUUAUAAUGAUAGAUUUUACUUAUCAGCAGUUGUUCUUGUCUCCUGAAAUUAUAGGAGGGAAUAUGCAACAGCUCAGAUUUUUAAAAAUUUUACCAAAGUACACAAAGAUCUGUUCGUUCUGACAUAAAUUAAGUAUUCACGUAACUGUGUUAAAGGAAUUUUCUGUCUAUUGUUUCUACUUUGUUUAAAUAUAGGAGUAUACAAAUGUGGAAAUUGAAUAUGUCCUACAUGUAUAUUGACUAUUGCAGAAUUCCUUUCAUCUGUAAUUGAUUUCUCUUUGAUAUUAAAAAAGUGCUAAUAAACUAUUUUAGUGUCAUUUGUCUACCACUAAAAUAUGACUUAUACUAUACAUGUACCGGUUUAGAACUUUUCUUAAUUUUAUUUAUACCAAUGGUGAAUGUUAAAUAAGUAAGUAAAACGAGGGAGAAAUUGUACUUACAAUUAUUGUUACUAUUUAUCGAUAUCUUAUAUUGGAAGGGAUUUGUUAGGUUGUUAGGUUUCUGUAUAUAUAAAUGUAUAGUUAUUUCUCUUCAAAUUUUAGAUUUUGUAGAUCUAUGUAAAUAAAAUACAGUAUGAAAUACGGAA